AUGCAGUCUCCAGAUUCCUCGUGUGCUGCCACUCGAUCCAUUGGGUACGAUCGGGACCGACUCAACAUCGUUCAUGUUGCUGGCACAAAAGGGAAAGGGACCACCUACGCUUAUGUCAAUUCGAUCCUCCAGCAAUAUCGCAUGUCGUAUGGAACGCCCCGUAAGGUUGGACUGUUCACCUCUCCCCAUUUAAUCACUGUGCGCGAGCGAAUUCGUAUCAACUCCGAGCCCCUGUCGGAAGCAAAGUUUGCAAAGUACUUCUUUGAGGUCUGGAAUGCUCUGGAGCUUACCGCAGCAGCAGCAACACCGCGGGGCGGGCCUGGUAACACCCCUCCCAAGCCUUCAUACGCUCGACUUCUCACCUUGAUGUCAUUCCACGUUUUUAUGCAAGGCUCCCUCGGAAUCGACCAUGUUAAUGCGCUCGGGAAUACGAUUGAUCAGAUCGCGUGGCAUAAAGCAGGAAUUUUCAAGAAGGGUUGUCCGGCCUUCACGGUACCUCAGGUCCCAGAGGCGAUGGAUCCCGCAGAGCAUUUUCAGAGGCAAAAUGCUUCUCUCGCUGUUAGGUUGGCGGAAACUGUGCUCACAAGGCUCGGGAUCGCCGCCGCCGAUGAUUGCUGCGAGUCCGACAGACUUCCUGCUUUGUUUGGUCAAGGGCUUGAGAACCUGGAUUGGAAAGGGAGAUGCCAGGCCUUGGUUACGGGUCAGCAGCACUGGUAUCUGGAUGGUGCUCACACCCACGAGAGCCUUGAAGUCGCCUGCUCUUGGUUUGGACGGGUAUCAGGGACCAGAAACCUGCCACAGGUGCUCAUCUUCAACCAGCAGCAUUCAUCAAGGGAUCCUAUCGCGCUACUCAGAACUGUUCAUCGGAUCCUAUACACCAAGCUUGGUUUUGUCUUUCAAUACGCGGUUUUCUGUGCGAAUAGCACGUACAAAGACCAGUCUUGCAAUCUUGAGUUGUAUAACCACAAUGUCAAUCCUGAUGCACUUCAGAGAUUGAUCCUACAGAAGAAGUUAGCGACAGUCUGGAAAGAACUGGAUCCUGACUCGGAGGUGGCGUGGCUGCCCUCGAUUGAAGAUGCCGUUGACUAUGUCAAAGAGAUUCACAAUGGAGCUUUCAAGGAGCCAGGGGCAGAGAUUUUGGUUACGGGUAGCUUCCAUCUGGUUGGGGGAGUGCUGUCACUUAUAGAAGGAGUGCCACGUAUAUUGGAAACAGCUGUGGAGUAUUAA